AAUCUAAGACGUUAUCUGCUUUAACACGCCAAUCUAUAGGUUUUUUCUUGUCUCUUCUUCUUCGCUAAUGAGUCUCCUAGGGAUUUUUCUCUCUCAACAAAUUUAGAAUUGCUUCUCUGUCUUUGUUUAGGGGAUCAAUUUAUUAUUUAUGGUUUAAGGGGUUUAAUUUACUGCCUCAAUAGUCUAUCUCUGCUCACAAUGAAGUAUUCGAGUGUACAUUUUUUUGGAUGCUGAUCCUUUGAUCGUUGACUCCUUAUUCUACUGUAAAAGGUCCAAAAAAGGUCCUUUCUUCGUUGAUUCCUUCCUUCUGCAUGCCCCAUCCAUGAUGUAAAAGCCUGGAAGCUUCCCAUCUAUUAUUUGCGAAAUAACCUCCCUCCUUCGCCACUGCUUGGUCAAGUCACAACACGCUGCUUCACACGUUCUGCAUAUCCAUCAACCUAUUUAUACCUCUUUUUGCGAUGCUCUUCAUGCACCCAAUUAACCCAAAAUCUUCUUUCUCUUUUCUUUAGGGAGGUUCAUCAAUGCUUCAGAUCGAAGUCCAUCAAUAGCUUUUGUAUCCAUCAAUAGCUUUAGUACUUGCAAAUUUAUGGUUUGCAACUUGUUUCUGCAAUGGGUGUUGUUUAUGAAAUAAAAAUUUUCAUCUCUGUUCAAAAUUACAUUUAACAGCUUUAAAUUAUUAAUUUUUAUUGCAGACUUGAAGUCAUAUCUACCUAGGCUUGACCACCAAAAUCAGAAGUUGUAAGCAUAGUUGCAUUUUUUUUUUUACUUCUCUCUCUAGAAUUUACAGUUACAUUUGUGGCUGUUAGUUAAAAAAUUUGAAAUGCUUGAUAUGAAAAGAAAAUUUUCUCUAUGUAUCUACUUACAUGUUUUUCUACUUGAUUUGCGAUAUUUGUUUCUUUCAAAAUUUUGAUCUUGAUGGUCAUUACUGAUUAGUUUAAGAAAAAGGACCAACUCAAAGAAAAAUUAGAGUGUACAUUCGGAUUAGGGAUAGGAAUUGGGAAAUUGAUUGUCGUUUAUUUCACACUUUUUAGGUUUUAUAAUUAUUAUCUUUUAAUUGUUUUUAAACAAUUGUGCUUAUAUGGAAAUUACAAUUGACAACACGUAUCGAAAUCGCAUCUUGCGCUUGGUCAACACUGAUGUGAACUCCAGGGAUAUUGAAAAUUUCAUGAGCCUAGAUUUGUCAACAUCAAUGACAGGAUGCAUCUUCAAAAUCCCUGACAUUCCUCGUAGCCAAAAUGAAAACUCCUAUGUUCCCAUAACAUUCUCAAUUGGGCCCUGGCAUUACAGCAAUCCAAAACUGCGUGCCUAUGAUAAAUUGAAAACACGGUAUCUGCGAGACCUCAUUUCUAAAGACAGGAACCCACUGGCUACAUGGAAGCAGUUGGAGUUGUCUAAAGCUGAAUUGUUCUCAGUUAAGGUUAAUGGGAAGAAGGUUCAGGAGUGUUAUUCCAGCCAUGUGGAUCAGGGUUAUGAUGGUUGUGAUCUUUUACUUGAUGGUUGCUUUAUCAUCGAAUUGCUCCUUAAGUUCCAGGAUCAGAACCGUAGGGAUCCUGAUGACCCGGUUUUCUCUUAUAUGCUCCAUUUUCUAUACCAUGACUUGAUAUUGCUAGAAAACCAAAUACCUUGGUUUGUGCUUGAAGAUAUUUUUGUUAGGACAUGUGGGAACAAUGGAAAGCCACUUAUUUGGCAUGUUAGUGCACUUCUUAAACGAAUUUUCCCAAGUGCAUUUGUGCCAACUGGGGGAAAUCCACCCAGCCAACAGCCCAAGCAUAUUCUUGAUCUCUUAAGGUUAUGGCUGGUUUUUCCAAUUGAAGAAGCAAAAGGGCAAAAUACAGUUGUGCAAGUAGAUGACAUAGAAACAAAUGGGGGAUGGAAACCCAUUCCUCCUGCAACAGUUCUUCGGAAAGCUGGAGUCAAAAUCAAAAGAAAAUUAGAGGCUAAGAGCAUUUUGCAGGUAACAUUUCAAAAUGGCUAUUUGGAAAUCCCAUGUCUUGAAUUUCGACAAGGGACCGAAGAUAUCUUUCGGAAUUUAGUCUGCUUGGAGCAGUGUUUGACCAACUGCCCCCAUGGAAUCACUUCUUAUGUGACACUUAUGGGAUGCCUCAUCAACACUGCCAUGGACUUCAAUUUACUCCGUGAGGCUGGAAUCUUUGAUAACUGGAUGAAUCCUGAGGAUGUCACCAAUUUCUUCAAUAAGGCAAUCUACCCUGGUGCUUAUGUCAAGGAUUACUACUAUCUUGAGCUUAGCGAGCAAGUGAAUGAGUAUUGCAAACGCAGCUGGCCUAGGUUGCGGGCAAUUUAUCGCAAUGAAUUCACCACUCCAUGGGCGAUCAUCUCACAGGUUGUUGCAGGCUUCCUCUUCAUUUUGGCCCUGCUGCAGACAUUGUUUACCAUCAUGAAAUAAAUAGGUAAAUGAUGGUUAUCCACUAUCCAUGAUGCCUAUGUGAAGAAGACCUGAAGGUGAGUGAAUAUUGCCACUGACAAUGGAUGAGAUGGCGAUACCUUGUUGAUUGAUUCUCAAGUUGUGGCUGAUACCUUCUUGAUUCUCACUGUUUGCAGGCCUUAUUUAUCAUAAUUAAGUAGGAUUUCUACUAUGGAAAGAAUUGUCCCUCUAUCUAGUCCUGCUGUAUAUUAUUGCUGAAAGAUGAAAAUGCAAGGUUAAUGUAAUCUAGAGAAGAAUGUGAUGGUUAUCUUCUUCGAA